GAUGCAUAAAGCUCAUGCGUUCUAAAUUUUUCUCCUUUCAAAUGAACCGACGAGGAAACAACAGCCAUGGCCCCGCGCCGACAUCAUCGAUUCCCGCGCGGGGAAACAUGCUCUGAGUGUCCGGCAAGGAAAUGGUAUCUUGAGAACGGACGGCGGUAUUGUGAGAACGGACAUCAAGUCGAGGGCUACGUCCAAUUCGACGUCGACGAGGACGAUAACUUUGGCAAGUCGGGCCGCGUGGCCCGCAAGAAGAAGGAGGCCCGCCAGGCGGAGCGCAAGCACCUCACGGGCAACGAGGCCCGCGAGCUGUACCUCGAGUGCCUGCAGCUGCUGCUGCGCAAGCAGGUCGCGUGGCUGGUCCGCCAAAAGGGCCUGCACCCGGAGCUGGAGUCGGUCUGUCGCGACCUGUGGUAUCUGAGGGUGAGACUCUUUCCCGGGCUGGGUAAGAAUGCCAAGGACAAAGGCAAGGGUAAAGGUAAGGGUAAGGGGACCGACGAUGGUGUUGAUGGUGGAGGAAAGGCGAGCCAGUCCAGUGGUGGCAGUGGUGGUGCGAGUGUUGCCGGAUCGGAUUCGGAUGCCGCCGCAGGGUUGGCCAUGUUCAGUUCGCAGUCUGCGGCCGCGGAGGAGUUUCUGGCUUCGGGGAACGAGAGUGGUGUUUCUGGCGGCGGAACGAAGAGGAGUAGGAGCUGGGCGGGCGAGAUAUGGCCGCUGCCAGGGGCCAUAGAUACGCUGGCGCUGGUGUACUUGGGGUGUCUCUUGAGGCAGGAGCCGGUGAGAAUCGGGGAUUUGUUCCGGUGGGCGCGAAAUAACCAGAUACCCUUUCUUGGGGCGAUAGACUACGUGCCCAAGGAGUGGCGGGACAGGCUGCCGGGUUGGGCGCAACAUGCUCUUCUCACCAGAUAUGCCCGGUUCCACGGAGGUGAACUGCAUAGAGCAGUGGCGGAUUUAAUGCUGGGGUAUAAAGAGAACCACAGGUUAAUAUUCCCAGCGGUACCAGCACCCACGUUGUUGUUCCUUUACAUCCGGGAUCUUGCCCUUCCACCCGAGGUCCAUCAAUUCGCCCAAAAGCUAUGCCGUCUCCUGAAAAUGAGCUUAUCCUUUCCGACGAGGGACCCCCCGCCCACGCGGUACAUGCUCCUUGACUUGCCAGAGGUGCUUUUAGUGGCUUCGCUCGUGGUCGCAACGAAGCAUUUGUAUCCACUGGAUGGGAUUCAGCGGUUUCCUCGCGAUGAAGAUGACCCUCUGUGUCUAAAGAUGGACUGGGCUGUCUGGGUGUCUGAAUUUGCAAGGCAACCGGAGAAAAAGCCGGGACGACUGGAGUAUGAGCGUUUAAACUCGGAGGAAAUCUGGUCUAUGAGCAAGGAGGAGGUGAACGAGUUCUUGAACUGGUUCCAGGAAACUCAGGUUGAAAAGAACCGACCAGACGAAACCGAGGUCGACCGCCUUUUCCCCCUGCACGAUAUACCGCCACUCCCACAAGUCCAGGACUUGUCGCAAGAGGAGGUCGAGGCACGGAUAUGGAAGGUCCAGAGUUCCAUGAUCAGGGUUAGUCCACGGCCGGACCCUGAUGAGGAUGUCAAGCGGCUAGGCUUCGACUAUCCAUUAAACCGGUACCCUGAAGAGCUUGAGGGACCUGCCAGACGAUUCUAUGAAGUUACUGCAGAGGUCGCCGGGCUAUCGUUACAGCGGCUCCUCCGAGCUGUCUACGGCCUUGAGCAGCUCCUUUAUGAGUGGCAGCGGAGAGAGAAGCGUCGUCUCCGGGAUGAAUUCCCUGGCAACGAUGUGAUGGGUGAAUGAGAUGCAAGGAAGAUGGAAGAUGGACGAUGUCGAGGAUGUGUAGGAGUCUGGCUUGCAAAACCGGCUAUUGCUCACGAGAUACCCCAUACGCUAUUGAACAACACUUCUUUAUGGCAGCUAGUAAAUGUACAUGACGGACUCUGGAAGUGUCCUGGCAUGUAACCAACAUUCAAGUUGACCC